GGAUUGGGAGGCCGGGCGUAUAAAGCCGCGCCGAGAGCGAGAAACAAAGCAGACCGAUCGGAAUUGGACUUGGGAGGCGCUGCGUGGAGUCAGGCAGAAAACUUGUUGGAGGGGAGUCACGAGCCGCCUCCUCUCCUUCGCAUCUGCGCGGCGCUUCGGGGGUUCCCACGAGCCUUGCGAUUUAUUUUUAUAGUUGCUUUUGUAUAGACAGAAAUAUAUACACACACACACAUAUUUUUUUUUUUUCUACGUAAGAGAAAAUUCCUGUUCCAAGAGAAAAGAAGGCAACAUCAAUGAAGGAGAGAAGAGCCAGCCAGAAAUUAUCCAGUAAAUCUAUCAUGGAUCCUAAUCAGAACGUGAAAUGCAAGAUAGUCGUGGUGGGAGACAGUCAGUGUGGGAAAACCGCGCUGCUGCACGUCUUCGCCAAGGACUGCUUCCCAGAGAAUUACGUCCCAACAGUAUUUGAGAAUUACACGGCCAGUUUUGAAAUCGACACACAAAGAAUAGAGUUGAGCCUGUGGGACACUUCGGGUUCUCCUUACUAUGACAACGUGCGUCCCCUCUCAUACCCAGAUUCUGAUGCUGUGCUGAUUUGCUUUGACAUCAGUAGACCAGAGACUCUGGACAGUGUCCUGAAAAAGUGGAAAGGUGAAAUUCAAGAGUUUUGUCCCAAUACCAAAAUGCUGUUGGUUGGCUGUAAGUCUGAUCUGCGGACAGAUGUUAGUACACUAGUAGAGCUCUCCAAUCAUAGGCAGACACCAGUGUCAUAUGACCAGGGGGCGAAUAUGGCUAAACAGAUCGGAGCAGCUACUUAUAUUGAAUGCUCAGCUUUACAGUCAGAGAACAGUGUCAGAGACAUUUUUCACGUCGCCACUUUGGCAUGUGUAAAUAAGACAAAUAAAAAUGUUAAGCGGAACAAAUCGCAAAGGGCUACAAAGCGGAUUUCUCACAUGCCCAGCAGACCUGAACUCUCAGCAGUUGCUACGGACUUACGGAAGGACAAAGCGAAGAGCUGCACAGUGAUGUGAAUCUGUGGGACCUUCCACGAGGGCAAGGGAACCUAGUGUAAAAAUAUGAGAGGAAAACAAAACAGUGACGUCUGAAUGAAGUGCACAGCCAACGUCAAGUCCACGGAGGCUGAGGAGGCCCUUGAAAGGUUUCCCAGUUGGGGAAUCCUGUCCUUAGGUUUGGCAUGUAGACCGACUGAUGAGAAGUGACUACAUUGAAGAGUUUUGCAGUGUGACUUGAAAAAUAUGCCAAAAAAGAGCUACAAAUGGACUAGAGGUAGAGGAGGAAGAACGCAGGUACCUCUAAGAGGAAAGACUGUGCUCUGACUGGUGCUUGCCUUGUUUUUGUUGUUACAAUCUAUUCAUGGAUCUCUGCUUUGAUUUAAUUUUCCAAUGUUUUAAUCUUCUUUAUGAAAAGUAUAUAUUAAUAUACCGUCCUCAUCGGAGAACUGGCACUGUGAUCUUAGCGUUUAGUUUCUAGAGGAUGUGAUCUAAUUUCCUCCUAGCUCAUCAUUAAAAUGGAAAUUGUACCAAGACCCAUGGGAUGGAUUCCAGAGGAAAACUUCAUGAGUCUUUGAAAUCUUGCCUUCCUAGAUGAAGACCACUGCUGAGCAAGAGAGGGUUCUAAAGAGAGGCUUUUGUGGCCUCGCAAGAUAUGUAGACCAGCACUACCAAGAUCGCAUAGAUCAAAUAGAAAAGUGUGUUGCUUCUUAUUCAGUCUGAUGGUUCUGUUCAUCCUUGUGAGCGUCAUUAACAAGUGGUAAAUUUGCUCUAUGUGAUAUUUUUGUGCGCUGUUUUAGAAAAGAGGUUGUGUAAUUUCUUUUUCUUUCUUUCUUUUUUUCCAUCAUUGAGAAAAAAAUGCAGUCAGAUUUAAAAGUGUCUUGGUUUGAUGUCAUAUAGAAUGAUCCAAGGAGGAAAGAUGCAAGUAUUGUUUUUACCCAGAGAAGAUAUGAUUGAAGGGAGAGUAGCAGAAAGCACAGUUUUUGUAUAAAGCUGUCUGGAAGUAAGUUACCAAAUACACAAAGCAAAACGGACUGUUAUUUUGGGAUGGUGCUCGCUCCAAAGUUGGCAGUAUUUUACAAGCUAUUGGUAUUUAGCUUCAAAAGAAUAUCCACUUGAGAAAGGCCCACUCACCCAAGCUUUAGACCAUCCUGUGUACUGGGGGAUGUAGCUCAGUGGUGCAGCUCCUGCUAGACAUGUAGAGCAUCUCUUGGAGAAAGGGAUGCCCUGGCAGUCAUGACAUCACCUUAGGGUGCUUCUAGACUGACUGCUAACUAGGGUGGUUUGCUUACACAGGUUCAGCCAGUGUCCAGGUUCAAAACUUGAUCGUUGCUGUUAUUUGAGAGUAACCAUCAGCAUUUAAAAUAGUUUACAGAUUGUUUUUGAGCAAAUCUUUUUGGGGAUUCUUUUAGAAAGGAAAUCAGAUCUGACCAGGUAUUGUUGGCGCUUGUUGAAAACGAGCUUUCUGCCCAAUAAUGAUGCUUCAUUUUUGAAGUGUUGCAGCUGUGUUUUCAUUAAAUUGAGGUAAGGGAGGUGAGUUGAGGUCAUUAUGACACUGAGUUCUGUGUCUUACAAGCACUUUGUUUUGUCUCUGCAAGAAAAUACCAUUCCAGUCAUUUCCCAUAGAGUACAGAUAUUUCACCAUAUAAUACACUUUGAUUGGUGCAGCAUCAUGCUUUGGGCAGUAUUAUAAAAGAGCUGGCAAGUGCUUUCUGUAUUUAAAUAUUGUAAAAAGAAAAUAAGUUAUAACUGUUAUAAAGCAGAACUUUUGUUGCAUUUUUUAAAUGUUGAAGUCACUUUGUAUGUUUGUUUGGUCAAUGUUUCCACAAUAUUUAUUAAAACAUACUUUUUUUUUCUCAAAUAAAAAAGUAACCAUGUCUGUC